AUGGCUAAGAAUAAGGGUAAACACGCCACCGGGGCGAAUGCGACCGUCCCUGAUGGUGGAUUGUCCAUCAAAGACUCCAGCGCUGCUGGAGAUGCUUCCCCCCAGCUACAGGAGGGGGCUUUUGCCGGUCUGCGACAGAAGAUCGAACAGAAGUUGAAGGACCAGAAUGCGGCGAAGGAGAAGAAGAACAACAUCAAACUGAAGCCGGGUGCUAAGGAGGCCCCGAAGCAGAACAACAAGCCGGCUGCCCCGACGCAAGCUGCCAAGCGGGGAUCCGAUGCCGAUAAGAACAACCAGGGCAAGAAGCGCGAUCGCAACGGCGAUGUGAUUGCAAAAGGAGGAAAGAAAGAUGCGGAGAAACCUCAGCCCACGAAACGCAACGAAGCGGAUGAAAAUGAUACCCUGCGACAGGAGAUUUUGGCUCUGGGCGGUACCGAGGAAGACUUUGAUCUACUAGCAGAGAUUGAAUCGGACUCCGAGGUGGAGGGCGCGAAGGAGGCCCCUAAGAAGUCGAAUAACAAGUCGGACGACGACUUCCUACGGAAAGAACUUUCGAGUAUGCUGGCUGCUGCUGGACAGGUUGUCCCUGAUGAUAUACCCGACGAGGAGGCCGAGGCUGAAGAGGAGGACGAAGAGGAAGAGGAAGAGGAAGAUAACGAAGCGGAGGAUAACGAAUUGGAUGUGGACGAGCAGGAACCAAGCGACAUGGACGAGGGCGUGUCGUCAGACGAGGAAGUUUCCCCGCCUCCGACCAAGAAAGAGACGAAGAAGCAGCAAGCCAAUCAAGAUCCGGUUCACAAAGUCCCCAAGGAAUUUUCUAAGCUUACGGUUUCACCACGAUCUGAUUGGUACAAUAUCGAACUUCCUCCGAUCCCUGCGAAGCAAGUCAACGCACUACCCCGACACUUGAUUGAGCGCGUGUACCAGCAUGCCCUUACACUGGUCGAGAAGGAGAGCAAGAUGUACUCCGAGGCCCAGCAAGCUUCUGCGUCGUCUUCACACAAGUUCUACACCCAGAUCAUGUCAUCCGGAACGCUCAGCGAUAAGAUCUCAGCCUUGACGCUUGCCGUUCAAGAGUCGCCUGUGCACAAUAGCAAGUCGUUGGAAAGUCUGAUCAACCUUGGCAGGAAGCGCAGUCGUGCCCAGGCCGUGGAAGUCCUCCGGUCCCUGAAGGAUAUGUUCGCGCAGGGUACUUUGCUCCCUAGUGAUCGUAGACUCAGGUCGUUUGCAAACCAGCCGGGUCUUCUGACGGCCUUCCAAGGCGCGGGAGGCAGAUGGUCGGAGGGUGAUGCUCUUCCGGGGGGUCUCGAGGAAAGUCACUUGAUCGUUUGGGCUUUUGAGAGCUUCCUUAAGGAUCAGUAUUUUGAGAUGCUGAAGAUUCUCGAGGUGUGGUGCAACGAUGAAAUCGAAUUUUCCCGCUCGCGAGCGGUCAGUUAUGUCUUCGAGCUUCUGAAGGAGAAGCCCGAACAGGAAACUAACCUUCUGCGAUUGUUGGUCAACAAACUGGGCGACAAAGCGAAGAAGAUCGCCUCCCGAUCCUCCUACCUACUUCUUCAACUCGAGCAAGCGCAUCCGAUGAUGAGAAUGACUAUCAUCAAUUCUGUUGAGGAAGUCCUUUUCCGUCCCGGUCAGAGCCAACACGCCAAGUACUAUGCCAUGAUCACCCUCAACCAGACCGUUCUGAGCCUGAAAGAGGAGCAGGUCGCGAUUAAGCUGCUCGACAUCUACUUCACCUUCUUCGUUGUUCUGUUGAAAUCCUUCAAACCCCAAAAGGACAAGAAGAGGCAUGGCAAGUUCGGCCAGAAGGGCGGUAAAGACAAGGAAGACGAGAAGGGACAGGCUCAGACUGAAGAAAUGCGAGACAAACUCAUCUCGGGAGUCUUGACUGGUGUCAAUCGAGCUUAUCCUUUCACCAGCUCGGACACGGAGCGGCUUUCCAAGCAUAUCGACACUCUGUUCCGCAUUACCCACUCCUCCAACUUUAACACCAGUAUUCAAGCCCUCAUGUUGAUUCAGCAAUUGACAUCCACCCACUCAGUUGCCGCCGACCGGUUUUACCGCACUCUGUAUGAGUCGCUCCUCGAUCCCCGGGUGGCUACAUCCUCGAAACAGUCCCUCUACCUCAACUUGCUUUUCAAGGCAUUGAAGAAUGAUGUAAACCCCCGACGUGUUAAGGCUUUUGUCAAGCGUAUCAUCCAAGUUCUCGGUCUGCACCAGCCAGCCUUCAUUUGCGGUGUAUUCUACUUGAUCCGAGAGUUGGAGAAGACGUUCCCUGGACUCCAGUCCUUGUUCGACCAGCCCGAGGAGAACGACGACGACGACGAAGAGGUGUUCAGGGAUGUGCCCGAUGAGGAUGACGAGCAGGAAGAGCCAGUGGUUGCUCAAGCCACCCCACAAAAGCCUUCCAAUAACUACGAUCCCCGCAAGCGAGACCCUGAGCACAGUAAUGCCGACCGCACGUGUCUCUGGGAAUUGCUACCCUAUCUGUCCCAUUUCCACCCGUCCGUGUCCAUCAAUGCCGAGAAUCUACUUGAUCACAAGCCAAUGAGUGGCAAGCCGGAUAUGACCAUCCACACGCUGACUCAUUUCCUUGACCGUUUCGUCUACCGAACCCCCAAGGCUUCUGCUGGUGUCCGUGGAUCGUCUAUCAUGCAGCCCCUUGCCGGCAGCGACGCCAAGGACCGACUGGUCAGCUCCGGCAAGCACGCCCACCACCUGCCCCUCAACUCGGAGGCCUUCUGGCAGAAGAAAUCCGAAGACAUUGCCGCCGAAGAUGUCUUCUUCCAUGAGUACUUCAACCGUCUCGGAAAGGACAAGGAGAAGGCUGCUCGCAAGAAGAAGAGCCAGGAGUCUGGCAAAGCCGGAGAGGACGACGAAGAGCUCAGUGACGCCGAGUCCGAGAUCUGGCAGGCUCUCGUGGAUUCGAGACCUGAGGUUGAAGGCGGUGACAGCGACGACGACCUCGACAUGGAUGACCUUGAGUCCGCUUACGACAAAUCCGACGAGGAAGAAGCCAGCGGUGACGAAGGCGUCAUCUUCAACGACGAAUCCGACGACGACGAGGACAUGGACGAGGACGAGGACAAACCUGCCGCCAAACCUAAGGCCCAGCCCAAGCCCAAGAAGGCCGAGGACGAAUUCGACGAGGACGACGACUUCGACAUGGACGUUUCCGACGACGAGGCGUUCGUGGACAGCGACGAGGAAGUGGAACUCGGCACCGUCGACGAGCUUCCCAAGGACGAGAAGCAGGCCGAGAAGCAGAAACGCCGCAAACUCAAGCACCUGCCGACAUUCGCUUCGGCAGACGACUACGCGGCCAUGCUGGCUGAUGAAGAUGAGGGAAUGUGA